AUGACAGCAGACACAUACACAUACCAAGAAGGUUUCGGAAAUCAUUUUACAUCAGAGGCCAUAAAGGAUUCUCUUCCAAAAGGUCAAAAUACACCUCAGAAUUGUCCUUUCAACCUUUAUGCUGAGCAGCUUUCUGGUUCUGCUUUCUCGGCUCCUAGAACUCACAACCAACGAAGUUGGCUGUAUCGCAUUCGCCCAUCAGUUGUUCAUUCACCUUUUGAGCCUGCAAAGACUAGUCAGGACCUGGUUUCAAAGUUCGAUGACAAUUGCAUAGUUACACCUACUCAGAUCCGCUGGAGUCCCUUUGAUUUACCAUCCAAUAAAGAACAGGUCAAUUUUGUUCAAGGCAUCAAAACCCUGGCAGGCGCAGGAGAUCCUGCCUGUAGAUCGGGUCUGGCUGUGCAUAUAUAUACUGCCAAUACAGACAUGAAUAAGUCUGCUUUCUAUAACUCUGAUGGCGACUAUCUAAUUGUACCUCAAAAGGGUGCACUUGAUAUCACUACUGAAUUUGGUCCAAUGUUGGUUUCACCCAACGAAAUAUGCGUUAUCCAACGCGGUAUUCGGUUCUCGGUUGAUUUGCCUGAAAAAGAAGCGCGUGGAUACAUCCUUGAAGUAUACAAUGGUCAUUUUGAAUUGCCUGACCUAGGACCUAUUGGAUCCAAUGGUCUUGCUAACCCCCGAGACUUCCAGACUCCCACCGCUACUUUCAAAGAAGAGUCAAAUGUAGCGUGGGAAAUUGUGUCAAAGUUCAACGGAAGGCUAUUCAAAGCUCAGCAAAAUCACACGCCGUUUGAUGUGGUUGCUUGGCAUGGAAAUUAUGCGCCGUACAAGUACAACCUUGCCAAAUUCUGUGUCAUAAAUUCAGUAUCCUUUGACCAUAUUGAUCCUUCUAUCUUUACUGUCUUGACAGCCAAAUCAGACUCUGCUCAUUACCCAGUAGCAGAUUUUGUCAUAUUUCCUCCUAGGUGGGCUGUUACUGAGAAUACGUUUCGCCCUCCUUACUUCCACCGUAACUGCAUGUCAGAAUUUAUGGGUUUAAUUGCAGGCGAUUAUGAUGGAAAAUCUGAUGGGUUUCUUCCUGGAGGAGGCUCUCUCCACAGUAUUAUGACUCCUCAUGGACCGGAUGCUAAUGUUUUUAAGAUGGCUUCCAAAAGUGAGCUUAAGCCAUUGCUGAUGGGAAAAAAUACACAAUCUUUUAUGUUUGAAACAUAUUAUAUGCUGUCUAUCACACCAUGGGGUAUUAAGACUUGUGGAAAGGUACAGGAAGAUUACUGGAAAGUCUGGUCUACUCUUGAAAACACAUUUUCUCCUCCUGUUGAAAAAUGA